UUACAGCGUGACUUUGACUCGUGAUCCCGAUCCCGAUCCUCCAGCCCCUGGGUCGCCCCUUCGCUUCUCCGUUCGCACCGCCGGCUCCUAGCGCAGCGCCGACGCUCAUCUCCCUCGCAGCGCCUCUCAGGCUCGGUCCCUCAGCGCAGAUCUUCUGCUCCUUCCCCCACUCGCGCUCAGGCUCGGUCCCAAGGAUAGGAUCUUCCGCGCGUUGGUGGCUCCCCCUCGGCGGCGUCCAGCGACGGAGGGGCAGUCCCAGGCUCGGCGGCGGCGUCGGCGGCUCCCCCCACCUUCUGUCGCCAGUCGCCUCGCGCCCUCGCCUGCGUCCUCCGCGCAACAGCCGACGACCCUGCGCCAGAUUCCUUCGUCCAACUUGUGAAGCCUCUUACAACUAUUGACAAGUCUGCUGCAUCGAAGAUGUCUGAGUUCCUUGACCUAGAGGUACAAGAUGGGAUAAGGAUGCCCUGGAAUGUUAUUCCAGGCACAAAACAGGAGACUGUGAACUGUGUGAUUCCUGUUUCCGCUAUCUAUACACCUUUGAAAUCAAUUCCUGAUAUCCCGGUUCUCCCAUAUUCACCCCUUCGCUGUCGCAUGUGUCGUUCCAUCCUCAACCCUUUCUCCAUUGUUGACUAUGUUGCUAAGAUCUGGGUCUGUCCAUUCUGCUUUCAACGCAACCAGUUCCCACAACACUACUCGUCAAUCUCAGAAAAUAAUCUCCCUGCAGAACUCUUUCCUCAGUAUACCACCGUUGAGUACAUAUCCUCAACUGAAACUGGUCCUAUAGUUCCACCAGUUUUCAUUUUUGUUGUAGAUACUUGCAUGAUUGAAGAAGAAAUUGGUUAUUUGAAGUCCGCACUGGCACAAGCUGUUGAGCUAUUGCCAGAUAAUUCCCUUGUUGGAUUCAUUACAUUCGGGACGUAUGUGCAGGUUCAUGAAUUGGGUUUUGGCUUGUUGCCGAAGUCAUAUGUAUUCAAGGGAACAAAGGAGGUCACCAAGGAACAAAUAUUGGAACAAAUGUGCUUCUUUGCAGGGAAGAAAAUGCCCACCACAGGCGUGAUCGCUGGUACCAGAGAUGGUCUUUCAUCUGAGAGCAUCUCUAGGUUUCUGCUGCCUGCUUCUGAAUGCGAGUUUGUGUUGAACUCAGUUAUAGAAGAAAUACAAAAGGACCCUUGGCCUGUUCCAGCUGAUCAGCGUGCAUCUAGGUGCACUGGAGCUGCCUUAAGUGUUGCAGCCAAUCUCCUUGGGGUUUGUGUUCCUGGAUCAGGUGCUAGGAUAAUGGCAUUUGUUGGUGGUCCAUCUACAGAGGGCCCCGGUUCUAUUGUAUCCAAAUCCUUAUCAGAGCCCAUUCGCUCACACAAAGACCUUGAUAAAGACUCAGCACCACUUUAUGAUAAAGCUGUUAAGUUCUAUGAUCAAAUAGCGAAGCAGCUUGUGCACCAAGGGCAUGUGCUGGAUUUGUUUGCUUGUGCAGUCGACCAGGUUGGAGUCGCUGAAAUGAAGGUUGCAAUUGAGAAGACUGGAGGAAUUGUUGUGCUUGCUGAAAGUUUUGGCCAUUCUGUUUUCAAAGACUCACUUCUCCGCAUCUUUCAGUCAACAGAUGACAACCUUGGUUUAUCAUUCAAUGGUAUUCUUGAGAUUAACUGUUCAAAGGAUGUAAAGGUUCAAGGCAUCAUUGGACCCUGUUCUUCCCUGGAGAAGAAAAGUCCUUUGUCUUCCGACACUGUUAUUGGUCAAGGAAACACUAGCGCUUGGAAGAUGUGCGGCCUUGACAGGAAGACAUCACUUUGCUUGGUAUAUGAUAUUGCAAAAAAGGAUGGCCCAGAUUCAAUUGGUCAAUCAACAAGCAAUCAGUUCUACUUUCAGUUCUUAACCUACUAUCAGCACAAUGAGGGUCAGAUGAGAUUAAGAUCGACCACAAUCUCCAGGAGAUGGGUCUCUGGUGAUAACAAUGUGGAGGAGCUAGUAGCCGGCUUUGAUCAAGAAGCUGCAGCUGCAGUCAUGGCACGCUUGGUGUCAUUUAAGAUGGAAACUGAGGUUGAUUUUGACCCAGUAAGAUGGCUUGAUCGGGCUUUGAUACGUAUAUGCUCAAAAUUUGGAGACUAUCAGAAGGAGACACCCUCAUCCUUCAGUUUAUCCCCACGGCUGUCAAUAUUUCCCCAGUUUAUAUUUAAUUUGAGGCGUUCUCAAUUUGUUCAGGUAGACUGUUCUCCUUUUUUCAUUAAUCAAUGUUUCCAAUAUGAUGAGUAUACAUCUCUGGAUACUAAUUAUUUAUUUCUGUUGCAGGUUUUUAAUAACAGUCCUGAUGAAACUGCGUAUUUUAGGAUGAUGUUAGAUAGAGAGAAUGUAGCCAAUGCAGUUGUGAUGAUUCAACCUUCACUUAUAUCCUAUUCAUUUCAAUCAGGGCCAGAGCCAGUUCUCUUGGAUGCAACUGCAAUUGCUUCUGACAAGAUCCUUUUGUUGGACUCUUAUUUUACUGUUGUCAUAUUCCAUGGGGUAACCAUUGCACAGUGGCGAAAUGCUGGCUACCAAGAUCAAGAAGGUCACGAGGUGUUUGCCCAGUUGUUAAAAGCACCACAUGAGGAAGCUAAUUUAAUAAUAAAGGAGCGAUUUCCUGUACCCCGUUUGGUAGUAUGUGAUCAAUAUGGAUCUCAGGCUCGAUUUUUACUGGCGAAGCUAAAUCCAUCAGUGACAUAUAACUCGGAUAAUGCCUCCCCUGGUGGAGACGUCAUAUUCACAGAUGAUGUGAGCUUCCAGGUUUUCAUGGACCAUCUCCAGCGGCUAGCAGUCCAAUAGGAUAUGAAUCUGCAGAUCAGUGCAUAGAGCAAUUUUGUACUAUCAAUGGUCUCUUCUGUAGAGUAAAGAAAAUAUUUUUGUUUUGCAAUGUCUUAGAAAUUCGUUGUAGCUGGUUUUAAAUUAUAUAAUUUUCUUUCUUUUAGGAGACAGUCACAUUUUGCAACUUGAUAAAUUAUGAUAAUUAUAAGUGAACUGUAGUAUGAAGAACUGCAUUUUCUCACAGGGAUGGUACAUUUAUUUGUAUUUACCGAAGAGGUAUCUUUCAAAUGAUUAAGAUGCCGAUUUGCUGUUGGAUAACCA